AUGGCGGCUUUACCAGCAAUGCGCCCGCUGGGCUGCUUAAGGUCCUUGAUGAAGGCCUCGGAGCCUAUCCAACCUCUCAUCAACCGUCGAUUCCUUUCGACCGCCUAUUCGAAGAGACCCCAACGGGUGCCUCUUCCCCAGAACAUGCCUGAGCAAUUCCUCACCCAAAUACCUCUUCGCUUCCGCCCCGAUCCUGCGCGCGAGCCCCUCAAGAUCUACCCUGCUCCCCCAUCCGCCCGCAAAGCAUGCAAGGACCCCGUCGCAGCGGUCACCGAAUCGCAAUUGGCCGUCCUCGACCCCAAGGGCGAGCGCAAGGCAAUGUUCGACUACCGCCGAAACCCCCGCAGUGUCAAGACCGGUGACAUCGUUCGAGUGACAUUCAAGAACGGCGACCCAUUCAACGGAGUCGUUCUGAGCAUUAAGCUGCGCGGAAUUGAGACCUCGUUCCUCCUGCGAAACGAGCUUACCCGUGUUGCUGUCGAGAUGUCCGUCAAGGUCUUCAGUCCCAACGUCAACAGCGUGGAAAUCGUCCAGCGCUCGGAGAAGAAGCGCAGACGCGCGAGAUUGUACUUCAUGAGAGACCGCAAGCACGACCGUCGCAGUGUCGAGAACAUUGUGGCCAACUACGUUCGCCAGAAGAAGGCGUUCCUGGGUGGUGGCGGCAACCGUCGGCGGUGA